AUGAGUACCUUUGGCAUCUUCUUGACAGGUAUGGCCUGGAGGGGGGGGUUCAUUGGCUGGCUCAAGACAUUGUAUAGAGAGGCGGAGAGCUUCAUGCUGGUGAACGGUUGGAUUGGGCAGCCCUUUGGGGUUGGCUCUGGGGUGCGCCAGGGAUGCCCGCUGAGUCCUCUGCUCUACGUCUUUGCGGUCGACCCCUUCGUAAGGAGGCUGGACUGUGGAGCGUUGUGCGGGGUACCGGUGGGUGUUGCUGGUGAGCCACCCCUGAGGGUCAUUGCCUACGCUGAUGACGUUUCUGUCUUUGUCUCUGGGGCUGUGGAGGCGCAGGUGGUUGUCUCAGAGAUAGAGCAGUAUUCCGAGGCAUCGGGGUCCAAGAUCAAUCAGGACAAGUCUGAAGUCCUUUGGUUAGGUGUGGAGGGCGAGGGCUUUGUGCUCCCGGACGCUUUCCCUGUGCCUCAGCAGUCCGUCAAAGUAUUAGGCAUUGAAUUUGGCCCGGCCGAUUAUGGCAAAUCGAAUUGGGAGGCCAGGCUGACCAAUGCCGAAGUCGAGGUGAAAUGCUGGAAGGGAUGGCGGCUCUCCUUGAGGGAAAGGGUUGAUCUGAUCAAAACUUACCUGAUCCCCAUAUUUUUGUAUGUCAGCACAGUUUGCAUCUUGCCAGAGUCUCUUUAUACGAGGAUCUACAGUUGCUUUUUCCAGCUGUUAUGGGGAAGCAGACUGAACCUUGUGAAGCGAGAUGUGACUUACCUAUCCAGGAGGAAUGGUGGCUUAGGUAUGGUCAACCCGGUAGUCUUCUUCUCUCUGGUGUUUUUGAAGCAAUUUUUUGGUAACAUGCUGGCAGAGAGACCUCCUGCAUGGGUAAGCCUCUUCCGGAACUGGUUUAGGCCUUUUCUGAGUUGCUGGGAGAGUGGUGGGCUAGUGAAAAGCCUAAGGGUUAAGCACGGUGAGCUCCCGACUUAUGUUGCCCCGAGCCUGAAAAUACUUAGGCGGUGGCGUGUGACGGCGGAGGAUAUUAAGUCCCUCCCUAGGAAGCUCCUGGGUGAGAGGAUUGUGUCCGUUGUUUGUCAUGCGCCGCUGGCCUUGAGGGAUUGCCCGGGCCAUAUUAUGCGGGAGGGCUUACGCUUAAUAAAUUCUGAGCGGAUUCCCUUCAAGUUUAGGGACCAGGCCUGGCUCGGUUUUCACGGCAGACUCUUCGUGAGGGGAAACUUGAAGUACCUCUCUCUGGAUGACCGCGGUUGUCCGAGAGAAGAGUGUCGGGGUGAAGUGGAAACUAUGGACCACUUCCUGCUUCAGUGUCCCUUCAAUGUUGAAGUCUACAAGAGAGGUGGGGAGUGCUCUGGGUGUUCCUUUCUUGCACUGCAUGUCUUAUGCAGAGUGGGUAUAUGGAGCAUUGCAAGAUCGCCGGGAUUUUGA